CUUACAGAUUCUUUACCUAGGCUGUACCUAGACGCUUGUGUCGAGAAGUUCAAACUCAUCGAUUAAAGGUCGCUCUCUACAUGUGUGAUGUAAAGAAUCAUUGAUUUACUUCAAUCACUGCAUUAAGUUGGGUGGAGGUGUGACGUCUAUACCCGAAUACGUAGUAAUCUCUUUAUCUGCAUUUUCAAAAAGUUUUCUAAGAAUUUUUUAAAAUCGUAGUUGAAUCAAUAUGUCUUCUAAUGCAGGACGUGUUCUUGUCUAUGGAGGAAAGGGAGCUUUAGGAAGUACAAUUGUUUCGUAUUUUCAAGCUCGUAAUUGGUGGGUAGGAUCAAUAGAUAUGAGUCCUAAUGAAGAAGCUCAUGCUAGCGUAGUAGUACAACCAACAAGCUCAUGGGAUGAACAAGAAUCUGCUGUUUUAACUGAGGUGCAGAAAGUGCUAGAUCAGGAAAAGCUUGAUGCUCUGAUAUGUGUUGCUGGAGGAUGGGCUGGAGGAAAUGCUUCAGCAAAAG